UUCCCUCACCACAAGCCAAUCUCUGCUGAUCCUCCCGAACCUUUGCUGGAUUUACCUUGAUGCUGCAGAAUCUCAAGAGGGGGCUCGGGAUGCCGCACCCUGCCGGCAGCGGGACCAGCCUAUCUUGCGUGUUUGGGUGUCUCUCUGUUUCCUAUUCAUUUUCUUCCCAACCUUUCCCUCACAUGUGGUCUACAUCCCUUUCUCUAUUUCUCUUCCUUCUUUUUUCCCUUCUCCUUCCUUCCUUCCAGUCUACACUCCUCCCUCAGCUCCUGCGCCCCAUCCCCCACCCCCGCCUCUCCUCCCCCUCGGGGGCUCGGGCUCUGCCCUCUCUGCCCCUCCCCAGAGAAGGGUGACCAGCUCCUCCCGGGGCUGCCCGCCCGCCGCUCCUUCCCUGCCCACCUACCACGAGGAGGACUCCUCCCACCUGCCCAUAAAAGCCAAGUGCAUGUUACCAGCACCGAUCAGAGCACUUUCCCGGUCCUCUCCUGUGGGAGCCCCCAGCCUCUCUCCUGGAUCUUACGUGCUCAAGAAGCUGUUCUGGAAGUGGAGCAGAAACCAGUCCCAGGUGUGCCACAGGAAGGCACAGGCAAGGACGCUGGUCCUGAUUCGCAGGCAGCCAAGUCUAAAUGUGAUGGCUGUGCCACCUGCCCCUCGGCAGCUGCUGGGAGUGCUGCUUACCAUUUCCCUGGGCUCCAUCAGGCUCACUCAGGCCGGUGCCUACUAUGGGAUCAAGCCACUGCCUCAAAUUCCUCAGAUCCAACCGCAGAUUCCACAAUACCAGCCCCUAGGCCAGCAAGUACCUCACAUGCCUUUGAGCAAAGAUGGCCUUACCAUGGGCAAGGAGCUUCCCCAUAUGCAGUAUGGUAAAGAGUAUCCACAUCUACCCCAAUAUAUGAAGGAAAUGCAGCCGAUGCCAAGGAUGGGCAAGGAAGCAGCUCCCAAGAAAGGCAAAGUAGAAGCACCAUUAGCCAGUUUACGAGGGGAACAAGGGCCUCGUGGAGAGCCAGGCCCAAGAGGACCACCUGGGCCCCCAGGUUUACCAGGUCAUGGGAUACCUGGAAUCAAAGGAAAACCCGGGCCACAGGGCUAUCCAGGAAUUGGAAAGCCAGGUAUGCCUGGGAUGCCAGGAAAGCCAGGAGCCAUGGGAAUGCCAGGGGCAAAAGGUGAAAUUGGACCCAAAGGGGAGAUGGGGCCCAAGGGGAUCCCAGGACCACAAGGACCUCCAGGGCCUCACGGACUUCCUGGCAUCGGCAAGCCAGGUGGACCUGGGUUACCAGGGCAACCAGGUCCAAAGGGUGAGAGAGGACUCAAAGGACCACCAGGCCCUCCAGGCCUUCAGGGUCCUAAAGGAGAGAAGGGCUUCGGGAUGCCAGGUCUGCCAGGCCUGAAGGGUCCUCCGGGGAUGAAUGGCCCUCCUGGUCCCGUCGGGCUUCCAGGAGUGGGCAAACCAGGAGUGACAGGCUUCCCUGGGCCCCAGGGCCCCCUGGGAAAACCAGGUCCUCCAGGUGAACCUGGGCCACAAGGCCCUAUUGGGAUACCAGGGGUUCAAGGACCUCCUGGGAUGCCUGGAGUUGGAAAACCAGGCCAGGAUGGGAUCCCUGGCCAGCCAGGAUUUCCAGGUGGCAAAGGGGAGCAAGGACUGCCAGGGCUGCCAGGACCCCCAGGCCUUCCAGGGAUCGGGAAACCAGGCUUCCCAGGACCCAAAGGCGAUAAGGGCAUAGGGGGUAUCCCCGGGGCUCUUGGACCAAGAGGGGAGAAAGGACCAAUAGGUGCCCCUGGAAUGGGGGGUCCCCCAGGAGAGCCAGGCCUGCCUGGAAUCCCAGGUCCUAUGGGCCCUCCAGGUGCUAUUGGUUUUCCCGGACCCAAAGGAGAAGGUGGGGUUGUAGGGCCACAGGGGCCACCAGGUCCCAAGGGGGAGCCAGGGCUUCAAGGCUUCCCAGGGAAGCCAGGUUUCCUUGGUGAAGUGGGGCCCCCUGGCAUAAGGGGUUUGCCAGGUCCCAUAGGGCCCAAGGGGGAAGCUGGGCAUAAAGGUUUGCCAGGGCUCCCUGGUGCUCCAGGUCUGCUUGGACCAAAGGGAGAACCAGGAAUCCCAGGGGAUCAGGGUUUACAGGGCCCCCCAGGCAUCCCGGGUAUUGCAGGCCCUAGUGGCCCCAUUGGACCACCUGGAAUUCCAGGCCCCAAAGGGGAACCGGGCCUCCCAGGGCCCCCCGGGUUCCCUGGAGUAGGGAAGCCUGGAGUAGCAGGACUUCAUGGCCCCCCAGGAAAGCCCGGUGCCCUGGGUCCUCAAGGCCAGCCUGGCCUUCCGGGGCCCCCAGGCCCUCCAGGGCCCCCAGGGCCCCCAGCUGCGAUGCCCCCUACACCACCACCCCAGGGAGAGUAUCUGCCAGAUAUGGGGCUGGGAAUCGAUGGAGUGAAACCCCCCCAUGCCUAUGGGGCUAAGAAAGGCAAGAACGGAGGGCCAGCCUACGAGAUGCCUGCAUUUACCGCUGAGCUGACUGCACCUUUCCCACCCGUGGGGGCCCCAGUGAAGUUUGACAAACUGCUCUAUAACGGCAGACAGAACUACAACCCGCAGACAGGCAUCUUCACCUGCGAAGUCCCGGGCGUCUACUACUUUGCGUACCACGUUCACUGCAAGGGGGGCAACGUGUGGGUUGCUUUGUUCAAGAACAACGAGCCCAUGAUGUACACGUACGACGAGUACAAGAAGGGCUUCCUGGACCAGGCGUCGGGGAGCGCGGUGCUGCUGCUCAGGCCCGGAGACCGGGUGUUCCUCCAGAUGCCCUCAGAACAGGCCGCGGGGCUGUACGCCGGGCAGUACGUCCACUCCUCCUUUUCAGGAUAUUUAUUGUAUCCCAUGUAAAAAAGAAAAGAAGUAGAGAGAGAUUUAAUAGAAGAAAAGAACAUGGAAAUCCAAAUGAAAACCGUAAUUGCUUCAAAACAUUUAUAUAGUUGGAAAGUUAUAUUUAAGUGAAAUGUUGAACCACCAUGUACAAAUAAAAGCUAAGAUGCAUGUUUAAUGCUCUGCACAGCAUCUUGUAAUGGAAAAUGAUGGGAUAGAUUUCUGUACCAAGUACUGACACUUGUGUUGUACCCACUGGAAUCAUAUUAGCUGUUAUGUUAUGUGCUUCCAUGAUAACCUGCUUAUUCAGAUCAGUCAAAAUAUUUCAGUAUGAAAGACCAUAGCUAAUGAAAGUCACUCAUGUUGUUUACUUUUAAAUAUUUAUAAGUAUGGCUUAAAGAAAGGUCAAUGAUAACAAUUACAUACCGUAUUUACUUGCAUGAUUUCCUCUGUAUUUGUGCAGAGAUUUUGCCAUGGAACGUGGGGGCGGAGUUCUGCAUCCUUACCUGCCUUGGUGGGAGGGGGCGGGGCCAUGGUAGGGCUUUAGUUGCAAGGGCUCUUUGUCUCCUGUCAGAGGCUACGUCCUUUAGCCACAGGAGUCUUACUCAGAAUUGUGUGUCUAGUGUCCCUAGAAGAACCAAUCAGCCGUUGUGUUUACUCAGUGACCUCUGUGCCUAGCACUGGGUGGGGCUUUAGACAGUGCCCCACAAGCAGCUAAGGACCACCUGGGAGACAUGAGCAGCAGUUAACUCAUUUAUUCCUCAAGGGUUCCUUUUGGUAUGGGUUUUUUUUUUUCCUGCUUUUUUCUUUUUUUCUUCCCUGUGUGUAAUUUCUACUAUGGCCCAACGAAUACAAACACCUAGAAGUCGUAAGAAAGAAAGAAAAAACCUUCUCCGCCCAUAACUUCCCAGUUUUGUGGAACGCUUAUUAUCAAUAGUUAUUAAUUGUGUUUACAUAUUUAACAAAUCCCCUCUUUUCCUACACACACAAAUGAAGGGGAUAUCAAUGUUUCUUAGGAGCUAUUAUAUUUCAAAGAAAUUUCCCUGUGUAGUACACAUGCAAAUUGGUGUGCCAUCUGAGAUUCCAAAGUCAAUUUCCAAAAUCCAAGCCAUCCUUUCUUUAUUUUUUGGGGGGAGGAGGAAUGUAGAUUUUCCGAAUUACAUUGCUGAAAAAAUAAUUGCUGAAGUUCUAAAAGUAAAUGUACUAUUUCCUGAUGUCGGUACUAAAAUUAUAGGAAAAGAACUGUUUCUUUAGAAGCAAUUUGUGGAAAAGCUUUAAUACCAAAGGGCAAUGAUAGCCCAUGCUUUUCAUGUCAUCCCAUACUCAGCACAAGGCAAGAGUUAAUAAAGGUUUAAAGGGAGAAAUAAAUAUUGUUCCAGGUUUUCACUUAGGUACACGCUAACUCCUCCCAGCAUUCAAAUCUGGUCUCAAAACACAGACAAAGCAUUUCCACUCAGCAAUGAGUCUACUGCUGUCACUAAGCCACUGGGGGAAAUAAUGUGAAGUUAUAGUGGUGCUAUCUUGUAUCUUUUCCUCGAAAUUAAGAAUGAGGAGUUACAGGGAUCAUUACAGAUGGGAAAUGACACAAAUAAAUACGGUAUAAACACACAUGGAAAUAUGUCUAUGUCAAAUCUGAAUUAUUUUAACCAUCAAGAAAAUGCUCCUCAACCUAAUAUCUGUCUCUUCCCUUAUAUGGUACAUGAACACCAUUUCUUCUCAAUCUCUUUAAAAAAAGAAAUGAGUUCAUUACCACAGGAUUUCUUAUCACUGCUACUUGUAUGACAAAAUUUUCCCAUCAAAAAGAUAUCCCACCCAACCUGUAUGUUCAAAGCAGACAGCAUUUAUGUGGCCAAAUAUCCUUUGGGUUGGUCCUGAGGAUGCUGGUUUGGGACUGAAGACUGUGGGGGCAAUGUGGAUUCAUGGGGCUCCUUCUGCUGAACAGCUGCAUCGGAAUGGCUUGGAAGCAAGUCAGAUCAGCUGGUUUGUAAAACUGUUAUUUAUCUGUACAUGUAUGGGCUUUUUAGUUCCACCAAGAAAGAAAGAAAGAAAGUACCUAUUUAGUUAAAACCAAACUUCACUUUUCAAAAUACCUUCCAACUUAUUUAUUGGUUGUUACUCAAUUGCUUGUGUGUGUGUGUGUAUGUGUGUGUAUUAUCAGGCAUAUGCUUCUAACUUUUAGAUGGUGCAGGAGCAAAAGCUAUGCCAGAUACUGUAUAUUCUACAAUGGUGCUAAUCUCAGAGCAAACGAAUUACUCCAUUUAAUUUAAAGAAGAGUUUUAAAUAAUUAUCUAUGUGUCUGUGUUUCUCUUUUGUGUGUUGCACACCAUGUUAACACAUUAGUGUAAAACCAAAAGAAACAACCAAGCAUUCUAAAGUCUAGGGAUAGCACUACAAUCCCUAUUUCAUUCAAAAUUAACUAGAACUUUUCCAUGGAAUAAAGGACCCAACUGGCGUUAUUGUUAUUUAAAUACAGAGUUUUAAGCAGUAUGACAUCAAGGGGAAAGAACUUUGCAGUGGGUGACUGUUCUCAAAUAUUUUACAGAAUACCAUGAGCAGUGAAUAGACUGGUAACUUUUUCGAGUUUCCAUGAUAGAUUUGAGACUUGUCAACAGCAAAUCAUUUUUGUAUUUAAAUAUUUGUACUGAUUUUUUAAAAAGUCUUAUUAAAUAUCUUUAAAAGUA